CUUAGCACUGCCCUGGUCGCCGCUGCUGAGCUCUUUUGUGUAAAAAGCACUUCACUCAUUAACGUUUUUUUUUAUUUGCCGCAAUAGGCGCAGGCAGCGGAAGUAAAAGUCCCGAGGAUACGGGCAAGUCACAAAUAGUUUGCAGUUUGAAAACCGAAGUGCUUAAACGUUCAUUCCCAUCAGCUCAUUCAGUUUGAAAACCUCUAAUAGACCGGUUGUUGCAUUGUACGUCGGUCGGCGGUUAAGUGGCUAAUCCAUAUUCAAAUAGUUAAUGCUUCCGAUUAAUCAAAAUCAGCCGUUUUUAUCGUCCUAGCCGUCAACUUCGUAAUACUUACUAAAACUAACGCGAUGACAGAUGUGGCGCCAAGUGGUAAAACACCACAUAAUCGUCCAUCAUCACCGCGUCAAUUUUUCGAACGUCUUUACGGUCAUCUUGAAACAAAUGAAACUGUAUCGGAUAAUAAUGCCAGUGCCAAAAACUCGACGCAUAAUCACGACACACGUGAAAGUGAUAAAAAUUUUGUCACUGAGUUGAGUGCAACAAUCUGUGAUACCACUUAUCAAAGCGAUGAUGGUAGUAUGUCAUCGCCGGAAGUCUCUAUUAACGAUGAGAGAUUAUCGCAUGGCUGUUCUGCGUAUGACCCCUACAGUGUUCAUGACUAUAAUAAAGCCUGUUAUGACACAAGGACGGCGAUGCCAAAUAUUCCAUUUGGAUUUCCAAGUGAACCACAUUUCACUGCCGGUUUUACGGC